CUUCUGUGAACCAUAGAAAUAAUAAAUGCUGAGCCCAUUGGAACAUAAUUUCAAUCAGCAAGAUGCCACUGCUUUCCAGAUUUUCUCACAGGCCCUGCUAAUUCCAUGCCAAAACUAGCCGUGGAUUUCUUCCUUUUAAUCUCCCCUAAUGCCUUAGUCAAUUAUUGUCACUGCUGUGAUUCUCCACUUCCCAACUGAAUCAGUCAGAGGAGGCUGGGUAUCUGCAAGACACUUAUAGUAAGACCAUAAAUGACCCCACUCCAUGUGAAAAGACAUAAAUAACACAAAAAGAAGAAGGGGAACACUUAAUGCUUUCUUGGCAACCCCUUUAUCUAUUGGAUUGCUGACUGGAUCCAGACCGGGAUGAGGGAUAUGAGGGGUUGGGAAGAUAUCUCCAGUUGAUUUUCAAAGGAGAGCUGACUGAGAGGAGGAAGAGAGCAGGAGGAAGGUCACCUGGCAUUUCCGUGAACCAUAGGAUGGUGUUGCUUCUUCCCUGGCUGUUCAUAAUUCUACGGCUAGCAAAUGUCCAAGCUCAACUUGAAGAUGAAGGCAACUUCUACUCUGAAAAUGUCAGUCGGAUUCUUGACAACUUGCUGGAAGGCUAUGACAAUCGCCUACGGCCAGGAUUUGGAGGUGCUGUCACAGAAGUCAAAACAGACAUCUAUGUGACCAGCUUUGGACCUGUGUCAGAUGUGGAAAUGGAGUAUACAAUGGAUGUUUUCUUCCGCCAGACUUGGACUGAUGAGAGACUGAAGUUUAGGGGUCCUGCUGAGAUUCUGAGCUUAAAUAACUUGAUGGUCAGUAAGAUCUGGACUCCUGACACGUUUUUCCGGAAUGGAAAAAAGUCAAUUGCUCACAACAUGACCACCCCUAACAAGCUCUUCCGGUUAAUGCAAAACGGAACCAUCCUGUACACCAUGAGGCUUACCAUCAAUGCCGAUUGUCCCAUGAGGCUGGUUAACUUCCCUAUGGAUGGACAUGCUUGUCCACUCAAGUUUGGGAGCUAUGCUUAUCCUAAAAGUGAAAUCAUAUAUACAUGGAAAAAAGGACCACUUUAUUCAGUAGAAGUCCCAGAAGAAUCUUCUAGCCUUCUCCAGUAUGAUUUGAUUGGGCAAACAGUUUCUAGUGAGACUAUUAAAUCUAACACAGGUGAAUAUGUAAUCAUGACUGUCUAUUUCCACUUGCAAAGGAAGAUGGGCUACUUCAUGAUCCAGAUAUACACCCCGUGCAUUAUGACAGUCAUCCUUUCUCAGGUGUCUUUCUGGAUUAAUAAGGAGUCGGUCCCAGCGAGAACCGUCUUUGGAAUCACUACCGUUUUAACCAUGACUACCUUAAGCAUCAGUGCCCGGCACUCCCUACCCAAAGUGUCAUACGCAACUGCCAUGGAUUGGUUCAUAGCUGUGUGUUUUGCUUUUGUCUUUUCUGCCCUCAUUGAGUUUGCAGCUGUCAACUACUUCACCAAUCUCCAGUCACAGAAGGCUGAAAGGCAGGCGCAGACUGCAGCCCCACUCCCUGUGGCAACAUCAAAAGCAACCGAGCCACUGGAGGCUGAGAUUGUUGUGCAUUCUGACUCCAAGUACCAUCUGAAGAAGAGGAUCAGCUCUCUGACUUUGCCAAUUGUUCCAUCUUCUGAGGCCAGCAAAGUCCUCAGUAGAACACCCAUCUUACCAUCAACACCUGUCACUCCCCCACUGAUCUUACCAGCUGUUGGGGGCACCAGCAAAAUAGAUCAAUAUUCUCGGAUUCUCUUCCCUGUAGCAUUUGCAGGAUUCAACCUUGUGUACUGGAUAGUUUACCUUUCCAAAGACACAAUGGAAGUGAGCAGUACUGUAGAGUAGUGUGCAGCCAGGGCAACCUGGACACUAGAUUUCCUUGGUUUUCUCACUGCGAGGACACAAAUUAUUGAGAUUUGUGCAGAUGUUCUCAUUUCAGAUAUGAAGUGAAAAUAGAAUAUCUGUGUUUCAUAAUGUGGACUAAGUCUGUAUGUGCCCAAAACAAUGAUGUUAUUCAAAAUUGAAAUUAGAAGGUUCCUGAAAAUAUGACCUUUCUAUACAGUAAAAUAAGUAACAACACUAAGAAAUCUAUGUGGAUAAAAUAGAUUCAAAAUGAGUUUGCCAACCUUUUUCCUCAUUGCUCAAUAUAUUUGUCACUGUAAAUAACAUUUUCCACAAGGCAGAUGAACUCAGACACACUGACACUUCUAAAGCUCGCCUUAAAGUUGUUUGUUUUGGCUUAGUUUCUAGUCUAAGUAGUUAUUGGUAUGUUUGUACAGCAUGCUGGAAGCUUCUAUGAUUUUACAAGAACUUUCAGUGGCAUUGGACCGCUAAAAUUGUGCUUACACAUUUCUUUUUAACCUUGCUGUGUUCUUUUACCUCAAUAAAAUGUGGUAUUAUAUACAUAUAAAUAAUACAUAGUUUAUAAAUUAUGUAUGCCUAUGUACAUAGCUUUAGUUAGGCUGAAACACUGUUGCUAUUUCCCACUAAAUUCUCCUUUAAAAAGUUGAUGCUUGCCGUAACACCAGAAAGUUGUAGGAAGGUCACUCUGUGUACUAUGACUGUAUAUUCCGAUUAUGCUUACUACUCAUAUGUUCCACUUUCCUAAGUAUAAUACUAAAUAAAACUAUAACAAGCUUGCA